AUGACCAACAACGCGAAGCACGCGAUGAGGACGAAGCACGCGGGCUACCCCAUGCUGUCCACCUCCAGCAAAGGUCUCAUCCUGCUCCCCCUCCUCUUCCUUGCCUUCAUUUGCAUCUUCGUCUACCCCAAGGAGUUGGAGCUGCAGGCGUUCCUUAGCUCCUGCAGCACGCCACCAUCUGGCACGAACACCGCGACGGCCAGCGCGGUGUACACCCGCAAGCCGGACUUCCGGCUCCUCAUCGGCAUCCUGACCGUCCCCGACUUGUACGAGCGGCGCCACCUCCUCCGCAUGGUCUACGGCGUGCAGCUCCCAUCCCUCACCGCGCAGAUCGACGUCCGCUUCGUCUUCUGCCGCCUCCAGACGGACGACCAGCGGGUGUUCGUCCCGCUCGAGAUCCUCAUGCACGGCGACAUCAUCGUGCUCGACGGCUGCAAGGAGAACAUGGACGGCGGCAAGACGCACGCAUUCUUCUCCGCCGUGGCCUCCCUCUACGCCGACGCGCCCUACGACUACGUGAUGAAGGCGGACGACGACGUCUUCUUCCGGCUGCCGGAGCUAGCGGCGUCGCUGGGGGCCAUGCCGAGGCAGGAUACCUACUACGGCGCCCUCAUACCCUGCGCCAGCAUGGACACGAGGAACAGGAGGGGGUACAUGUCCGGCAUGGGAUACGCGCUGUCGUGGGACCUGGUGGAGUGGAUCGCGACGGCGAGGAACGUGACGAGGGGACGCACCGUCGGAUUCGAGGACAGGAGGACCGGCGAGUGCCUGAGUCUGGGCGGGAAGGGGAAGAACAGGUUCAACGCCAAGCCCGCCAUGUAUGAUCACCCCCUCUCGGUGCCGGUCACCAAGUGCAACCACGAGCUCGUGCCGGAAACCAUCGCCCUGCACCGCCUCAAGGACAAUCCACGCUGGGCGGAAGCGCUCAGGUACUUCAAUUUCACCGCUGGACUCAAGUCCUCCAAGUUCUACAAGAUCCACUCCUAG